AUGGCAACUGAGAGUAACUUUGUGCAACCAGCAAUUCCAAAACUUGAUGCACACUAUGAUCAUUGGUGUAUGCUUAUGGAGAAUUUUUUGCGCUCGAAGGAAUAUUGGAACCUGAUAGAACAAGAGAUCCCUAUAGCAGAAGCAGGGGUAGAACUCACUGAAGGGCAAAAGAAGGUGAUUGAAGAUGCAAAACUGAAGGAUUUGAAGGUUAAAAAUUAUCUCUUCCAAGCCAUUGAUCGAUCAGUCCUAGAAACCAUUCUGAACAAAGAUACAGCAAAGAGCAUUUGGGACUCUUUGAAGCAGAAGUACCAGGGGACGGCACGGGUGCAGCGCGCACAACGACAAGCUCUUCGAAAGGAAUUUGAGAUGCUCAACAUGAAGGUAGGAGAAUAUGUGAAUGAGUACUUUGCUCGAACCCUUACUAUAGCCAACAAAAUGAGGGUUCAUGGUGAGAAAAUGGAGGAUGUUGUGGUCAUUGAAAAGAUUCUAAGAUCUAUGACUCCUAAAUUCGACUAUGUUGUGUGCUCUAUCGAGGAGUCUAAUGAUCUAGACACCUUAUCCAUUGAUGUGCUACAAAGCAGUCUUUUGGUGCAUGAACAACGCAUGAAUGGCCAUCUUGUGGAAGAACAAGCAUUGAAGGUUACCUAUGAAGAUUAAUCAAGAGGAAGAGGACGAGGUCGUGGUGGAUUUAGAGGAAGAGG